CACAAACCCGCACUUCAACACUACCUAGUGCAGCUUCAGCACACAAGAUCAGCAAGCAACAUGUCCAAUCCGACGCCAGAGGCGUGCCCAGCCCACCAAGCCCUUGCUCGAGGUAUGGGGUUCAAGAACAAACAUGAGAAGCUUUGGUGGGCUAUCUUCGGACCUCUCCUCGAGAAGCUCAUGACGCUCUGCGAUUACCCAGUGUCCCUGCAAUACCAGCACCUAUCAUUCAUCUAUCACCAUAUCAUUCCUUACUUUGGCCCAUAUCCGACCGUCGAAAACGGUUGGCUAUGGAAGACCUGCUACUCACCGGACGGAACAUCAGUCGAAGUCAGCCUCAAUUUUGACGGCUCAAGGAAAACUGCACGUAUGGAUCACGUCGUUAUCAGCCAGUGGAGCGGCACACCAAAGGACCCCUUUAGUCAGAACGUGGCCGUCGAGUUGAUCAAAUCCCUGGCCGCCAUACUCCCCGACUUUAAUUGGGACUGGUUCGACUAUUUUGUCCAAGAAAUGUUCAUCCCCGAAUCAUCAACUGAGACGGUGCUCACACGACAGCCCCCGGAAUUCGUUCAUAUGAUUAUGCAGGGCAUCAAUGGGUACGAUCUGCUGGACAGUGGCGUUCGGGUGAAGCCCAUCUUUAGCGGGCUUGCGAAAAGUGUUGAAACAGGCAUAUCCCUAGACAAGCUACUCUUCGACACGUUUCACAAUAAUGCUGAACUUUUCGGUUCAUACCAGCCGGCCCUGAAAGUCCUGGAGGACUACUGCCAGUCGGAUCAAACCAAGAAGUUUGGAACCAAGGCCUGUUUCCUCAGCUUCGAUGCUACUAACACUAAAGACGCGCGACUCAAGGUCUACCUGCAUGGGCCACAGACAGCGUACAUGAAGGUCCAGGACGCGUUUACCUUGGGUGGCCGCCUCAAUAGCCCCAAUAUUCAGGCUGGUGUGAAGGAGCUACGCAGGUUUUGGUAUGAAGUGCUCAAUCUGCCUCCAGACUUUCCCGAAUCGCAAGACUUACCUGCGACCGACGACCUUUACCAGGGCUGGCAGGUUAAUUAUGAAUUGAGGCCCAACAACCCUGUCCCUGAGCCGAAAGUAUAUAUUCCAGUGGGAAUUGACAACAAGGACCAGGAGAGUAUCAUCCAAGGACUCCAGGAGUUCUUUUCCCGCCAUGAAUGCAUGGACGUACGGGACUAUCGACACAUCUUUGAGACGCUAUUCCUGGAUGGUGACAAGCUCACUGGAAUUCACCACUUCAUAACUUUCAGUUACAAAUCCCACCCAUAUGUCACUUGUUACUACAAACCACACGUAGUCCCAGUUCCAGCCAAGGAACUCGAAGAGUCAGAGGUGAAGGCGAUUUCCAAGUAGAAUAUCUCACAGGCCUAGUACGUCCAUCACGUCCUGGUAAUAAGAUUCAACUAAUUCACAUGUUCCUCCAGCCUACCGGUUCACCUACAUUUACUUGUCGAGAGCUAGUGUGUCGCAUCGGUGCUAUUCAAAAUUGACUUUGUAGCUCGAGGGUGGGUCUAGACUUGGUGUAUACGUGCUGUGAAUUUGUGUAGUAGAAUACCAGAGUAUAGCUGAAUUGGCCAAACCUGGGGUUGAUAUGUCCAACACUAGUAAUGCCCCUGAUCAUGUAGCUUAAUAGAAUGCCCACAUAUCAUGUAUUUCCUAUGAAAUCAUGCAAGGUGCGUAUAGCGAUGGGAAUAGCUAAGGCUCAAGUUGGGAAUCGACUUUUUCUUUCUUGAAGACCUUGAUAUAACAAGCCUCUUUUUUCCAGUUCAUUCUGAUCUACGCGCCAUUGCUGCUUUGAAAGAUAGUCCCAUGUCAAGUGAACCCUUCCUAUUCCCUACUCAUG